AUGUUCGCUGCCCCAGGUGCUGCUCCUUCUGCCUCUGCUCCAGGUAAAGAAUCCAGAUUCGAACAAUUCAAGCAAAGUCCAGCUUUCCCAGUUUUGGUCCACACUGCUUUGUUUGCUGCUGGUGUUGCAUUCAUCCAAUCCUCUGUGAUUGAAAUGUUGUCUCCACAAUUGUAG